GUUCUUUGAGGGGAGGGGUGGGAAGGAGGAGAUGGGGAGGGGGAGAGUGGAGCUGAAGCGGAUCGAGAACAAGAUCAAUCGGCAGGUGACCUUCGCGAAGCGGAGGAACGGACUGCUCAAGAAAGCCUACGAGCUUUCGGUGCUCUGCGAUGCUGAGGUCGCCCUCAUAGUCUUCUCCAACCGCGGGAAGCUUUACGAGUUCUGCAGCAGCUCCAGUAUGCUAAAGACACUGGAGAGGUACCAGAAAUGCAACUACGGGGCACCGGAAACAAAUAUAAUAUCAAGGGAGAUCCAAACUAGCCAACAGGAGUACUUGAAGCUCAAGGCACGUGUUGAAGCCUUGCAACGAUCACAAAGAAAUCUGCUGGGGGAGGAUCUGGGGCCACUCAGCAUCAAGGAGCUCGAGCAACUGGAGCGCCAACUCGAUGCAUCGUUGCGACAAAUACGAUCGACAAGGACGCAGUGCAUGCUUGACCAACUUGCUGAUCUCCAAAGAAGGGAACAAAUGCUCUGUGAAGCUAAUAAAGCUCUGAAGAUAAGAAUGGAUGAAGGAAACCAGGCCAAUCAGCAACAACUGUGGGAUCCUAAUGCUCAAGCUGUGGCUUACUGCCGCCACCAACCACAGCCGCAGGGUGACGGGUUCUUCCAACCCAUAGAAUGCGAACCUACUCUUCAAAUCGGGUAUCAUCCAGAUCAGAUGGCGAUUGCUGCGGCAGCACCUGGGCCGAGUGUGAGUAGCUACGUGCCAGGAUGGCUUGCUUGACAGCAAGAUAAGGCCGGCAUUUCUGGGUGCCUCUAAUUAUGUGUUGUAUGCUAGCGAGGAAUGCUCCUAUUUCUUGUGCUGAUGAUUGCUUAUAUAACUGGCAAACAUGAUGUCAAUUACUGUCGGAUGAUCUAUAUGUUAUUAAUGACCUGCUAUAAAGACCUCCUUCGGAGGGAGGUAGUCCCAAGCGUCGUAUGUACUCGAAUGCUAUUUGGUUCUCCUCCUAAGUUGCUGUCAGCUAUGAUGAUUUGGUUUCAAA